AUGUCGUAUCAAUCUAGUGUAGCGCAAGAUACACUAUCUGCAGCGCAGCUAGAAAUGGCCGGUAACCCUAAUGCAUUGGCUUUACGUCGGCCAUUCGACCCUGUGGCUCACGACUUGGAAGCUAGUUUUCGCUUAACCAGGUUUGCCGAUUUAAAAGGACGAAGUUGUAAAGUACCACAAGAUGUUUUGUCCAAACUUGUGGAAUCCUUACAACAAGAUUAUUCUCAACAGGAUCAAGAUCAAUUUAUGCAUGUGGCUAUCCCGCGCAUCGGCAUUGGCUUGGAUUGUUCAGUGACGCCGCUCAGACACGGUGGGCUUUGUUUGGUACAAACAACUGACUUUUUUUACCCUUUAGUAGACGACCCUUACAUGAUGGGUAAAAUUGCGUGUGCCAAUGUACUAAGCGACUUAUAUGCAAUGGGUGUGACUGAAUGUGACAACAUGUUAAUGUUGCUUGGAGUAUCCACAAAAAUGACUGAGAAGGAACGAGACGUUGUAAUACCCCUUAUAAUGAGAGGAUUUAAAGAUUCAGCAUUAGAAGCUGGUACGUCUGUUACCGGUGGCCAGACGGUUAUUAACCCCUGGUGCACAAUUGGAGGGGUUGCAACCACUAUUUGUCAACCAAAUGAGUACAUUGUACCAGAUAAUGCAGUAAUGGGAGAUGUGUUAGUACUCACUAAACCUCUUGGGACUCAAGUUGCUGUUAAUGCACAUCAAUGGCUUGACCAACCAGAACGUUGGAAUAGAAUUAAACUAGUAGUGUCUGAGGAAGAUGUAAGAAAAGCUUAUCAUCGUGCAAUGGAUUCAAUGAGUAGACUUAAUAGAAUUGCAGCUCGUCUUAUGCACAAAUAUAAUGCCCAUGGAUCCACUGAUGUUACUGGAUUUGGACUUUUAGGCCAUGCUCAAAAUCUUGCAUCACACCAGAAAAAUGAAGUAUCUUUUGUUAUUCACAAUUUACCAGUUAUUGCCAAAAUGGCAGCUGUUGCAAAGGCCUGUGGAAAUAUGUUCCAACUUUUACAAGGACAUGCACCUGAAACUUCCGGAGGGCUUUUAAUUUGUUUGCCACGUGAACAAGCUGCUGCAUAUUGUAAAGAUAUUGAGAAACAAGAAGGGUAUCAGGCUUGGAUUAUUGGAAUUGUUGAAAAGGGCAACCGUACAGCAAGAAUUAUUGACAAACCCCGAGUCAUUGAAGUGCCUGCUAAAGAU